AUGCCCUCCUCCGACUACAACUACGAUGACCAGGGGCAAUUCUUCCCGUUCUUCAUGCUGACCAUGGUCGGCUUGGUCACCGUGCCGCUCACAUAUAAUGUCCUCAAAGCGUCAACAGAUCUCGAACAGACCGCGGCGCGGGUACAGUCCGACUUUAAACCUAAGAAUGACGAUCUCAUAGAGGCCCAGCGACGGAGGCGAAAGCGCAAAAAUCGCAAGACGAAGCGGAUCAUCGCGGUGGUUGUAGGGUACGCAUUCAUGGCAUACAUGAUAUACCUUAUUGCCAUCAUCCAGCGGACGAUACCCAAGAUGUGGGAUCCGUACGAUGUUCUGGGUGUAUCGAGGAGCGCCACGGAGGCCGAGAUCAAUAGCUUCUUCAAGCGACUGACGGUCAAGUUCCACCCGGACAAGGCCAGACCGGACCCGUCGAAGAACGAGACAGCCGAAUUUAUCAAUGAAAGAUGGGUCGAACUGAAUAAAGCAUACAAGGCGUUGACGGAUGAGGAGAUGCGAAACAACUACUUGCUGUACGGGAAUCCGGAUGGCAAACAGUCCACAAGCAUAGGCAUAGCACUGCCAAAAUGGAUGGUUGAGGAGGGGAAUCGUUGGUUUGUCGUCGCCUUUUACGGCUUCCUCUUAGGAAUCCUGCUACCCUACACCUUGGGAAAAUGGUGGUACGGAACACAAGCUGUUACGAAGGACAAGGUGCUGCACGCAACUGCGGGCAACCUGUUUCGAGAAUGGAGGGAAGACAUCACAGAGGGUGGCGUCAUCGCUGCCCUCAGUAUUGGAGAUGAAUUCAAAGAGGUGUUGAAGGGGCCGAGAAGCGAUGCUGGGGCUGCCAAAGUUGAGAGCAAAGUGCUCGGCAGUUCCGCUCUUACAAACUCGGACAAAGCGAAAUUGAAAUCCAUCGACGACCCGGUGCGACGAAAAGCGCUGGCAUUGCUAUGGGCAUAUCUUGCUCGUAUCGACCUGGACGACCCAGAAUUGGAGAAAGAAAAGUACGACGUGGCGCCAACAGCUCUUCUCCUCAACAACUCGUUCACGUCAAUCACCCUACCUUUCGGCGUGGUCAAGCCACUUCUAGCAUCCUAUCACACAUCUCAGAACGUCAUCCAGGCAGUCGCUCCGGGUUGGUCACCUCUGUUACAGCUUCCAAACAUUACUCCUCAGAUCGCCACCAAGAUCUCUGAAUCUUCAAAGACACCUGUGACAUUACAAACGUUCAUGGCUCUUCCACCCGGUGUGAGGAGGAACGCAUGCUCAGAGCUAUCUGAAGCCCAAUACAGCCAAGCCUUGAGAGUUGCCUCCCAAAUUCCCCAUUUACAGAUUGCGAAAGCCUUCUUCAAAGUCGUGGGCGAACGGGUCGUCACUCCUUCUUCUCUGGUGCAGCUCGUGAUCAAAGCUCGAGUUAUUCCGCCAGGCACAAAAGACAUACCCGCCGUCGAUCCUCUCGAUCUCGAAGACAUUGACCCGGACGAAGGCGACCUGGAAGCUCUUCACGGUCGCGAGCCCGCAAAAUCCAAACAGCGCAAACUCCCCGACGGCCGGAUCGUCGAGGACGACUCCAAAGAAGGGUCCGUCCAGCCCCCCUUGGCCCACGCACCAUAUUUCGCCGCAGACCAUGCGCCGCGGUGGCAUGUCUUCUUGUCAGAAGCACGGACAGGCCGUAUCGCGGUGCCGCCGUUUACGUUCACCGCGUUUGACAGGCCAAUUUUCCACGCCGACGGCACGCCGACUUUCAACAUGUUGACAUUGAAGUGUCAAUUCCAGGCACCGCCGCAAGUUCACGCGUUCCCGUUCGUCCUGCACCUCAUUUGCGACAGCUACGUUGGACUGGAUUCGAAAGUAGAUGUUGUGCUGGACGUUAAAGAUGCAAGCGAAGCCAAUAUCGUCGAAAGCGAUGACGAGAUCAGUGAGCCUGAAGAAGACUCACUCGCCGGCCAACUGCAAGCAAUGAAGACCGGUGGACUGACCGGUGGCCCCACCACGACAAAGAAGAAGAAGAAGGCCAGCACCAUUCCCGCGUCGCGAAAGGACGCACCUGUCGUCAAUAAAGAUCCCGAGGAUCAGAGCGACAACGACGACAGUGACACCGAGGGGUCCGAGGAUGAUACGUCCGACACAGACACGGACACGGACACGGAGACUGAGGACGAGGAUCCGUGA